AUGUUGCCUCAAAUCGCGGCAGCAGCUUUGCUCUUCGCGGACAAGGCGCUGGCACAGAAUGUCACUUUUCAGGACCACACAAACACCAUACUGCGGGUCGACAAUGGAACGUAUGGACCAGCAAUUGAAGAAGUCCACUACUACUACAAACAAUGGCCGAUCGGAAUCGCCGUCGCUUCAGACGGCCGCAUCUUCGCAACCUACACUCGUGGAGACUACGAAUACACGCUCGGAGUCUGCACCAACAUGACCGCCGAAGAGCCAUACCCGUCCGCAGAUCUCAACCUCCCAGUCUCCCAACUCAACACAACCUACAACGGCAUCGACUUCGGCUCCUCCAACUCCACGGGCCUCAUCUCCGUUCAAGCAAUCUACAUCACCCCCCAGACAUCCUCCCGCCCGGAAACCCUCUGGGCAAUCGACACCGGCCGCCCCACGAUCCACUCCUCCACCGGCGCCGCCUCCAUGCCCUACGCCCAACCCGGCGGUCCCAAACUCAUCGCCAUCUCCCUCUCCAACAACACAAUCUACCGCACCUAUACCUUCCCUCCCGACGUCCACUACCCAGACUCCUACCUCAACGACCUCCGCUUCGACUUCAACCCCAACCUCUCCUCCACCUCCGGCGCCGGUAUCGCCUACCUCGUCGACUCCUCCAACGAAGGCCGUCCAGGCUUCAUCAUGGUCGACCUCGCCUCCGGCAAGUCCUGGCGCCGCCUCACCCAAGACCCCUCCGUGCUCCGCGACCCCAACACCGUCCCCACCUACUUCGGCCACCCCUUCCACUUCCACACCCCGGGCCAACCCAUAAUCUGGCCCCAAGAAGGUCUCGACGGAAUCCAACUCUCCCCCGACGGCUCCCGCCUCUUCUACUCCCCCCUCGUCUCCACCCACCUCUUCUCCAUCCCGACCUCCAACCUCCGCGAGCAGUCCCAGUUGUCAGAAAUCCACGCCCGCGCCAACGUCUCCGACCACGGCCAACGCGGCGGCCAAGCGAACGGUUUCGAAGGCGACGACGCGGGGAAUAUUUACCAGCUCAUGCCGGAGCAGAAUGCGAUUUACUACUUCGAUCCGAACGAUGGGCUGACGAAGGGGUUUGUGCGGGAUCCGAGGAUACUGUGGCCGGAUGGAGCGAGUGUUGCCGAGGAUGGAUAUAUUUAUAUGAAUAUUAAUCAGUUGCCGUUUCAGGCGGAUUGGAAUGAUGGGAUUGAGGGCAGGGUGUUUCCGGGGGCGGUGUUGAGGGCGAAGUUGCCUGAGGGGAAGGGGAAGAUUCGGGGGUUGUUUGAUUAUUGA